AUGGUCAUGGCUGAAACCAGUUUCACCAGCAGUCCCAGCAGUCCCAGUGGUGACCAGACUCUCAAUGAAGGUUCAAAUUUGACUUUGUUUUGUGACGCAACUGGUAAACCAACUCCAAACGUUACUUGGACCAGAGUAUUAAAGAAUGGUUCGGAUGGUGAUGUAGUGUUCUUUGGAAACCCUUGGUUUAUUGUAAACAUCAGCAGAACUGCUACUGGAACAUACCGCUGUACAACUUACAAUGGAAUUGGAAAUCCAGCGAGCCAUUUACUUUAUGUCAAUGUUACUUAUCAACCUAAAGAUGUCCGCUUAACGACAAAUACAUCACGCAAAGUCUAUGCAGGAGUUGUUGUAAACUUCUCAUGCACUGCUGAAGCUAACCCAGCAGUACACACUUAUUUGUUGUUUGAAAAUGACAUCGUAAUUAAGAAUUUGGGAAUAUCAGGAACCUGGAAAAAAUCAAUGGAAAAUGCUGGCCAGUUUGUGUUCAGAUGCGAGGCUAAUAAUUCUAUCCAAGGAAUUGGAAAGAGUGGUGAUACUAUUUUGACUGUUGAUGUCCCGGCGUCUGUGGAGCAGGUCAAAAAUAAAGUUGUCAAAGAAGGUGAUAACGUUAAGGUGUACUGUAAUGUGACUGCAGGUAAUCCUGAUCCAACUGUAUUGUGGACAAAUGUCGCGACUGGUGAGCACAUCGAGGGAAACCCAUUGAACAUCACUAACAUCAACCGAGCUCAAGCUGGAGAAUACAGGUGCACUGCAAACAACACUUGUGGAGUGGGCUCCAUAGUGAUGGACAUUGAUGUACAGUAUCGUCCUAAGAUCACCAGUGAAGGUUACACUAUUGAUGUGUCUGAGGGAGAUCCAGCAGCAAUUCCUUGCCCAGUUCUUGGAAACCCUCAUCCCACUAUAACUUGGUACAAGAAAAAUGAAACUUCGCCGAGCACUAUGAUGAAUACCAAUAACAUUCUGCAGUUUUGUGAGACUGUAUUGGAUGAUAGUGGAUGGUACACCUGCUUUGCCAAAAACUCUUUAGGAAACGUUACUGUCAUGUUUCAGCUACGUGUUGAAAAGUCUGUGCAAACUACAGUAACUACCUUGCCAAAGACAACGACUAAAGUUUCUACUCAAGCUGUAGAGAACACUAUUUCCGCCACGGCGACCAUAGAUAAGAGCUGUGAUGAACGAUUAGACGUUGAGAAAAGGUUUCCUAGUUUGGCUUGUGAACGUGUUAGACACCUGGGUUGUUUAUAUGCCCGAGCUGUAGACAGUAGGUGUGGCAGUGUUAUCGUAGAUUUUGAGAUGAAAUUCAACCAAAACGCAGUCGUUAGCGAGGUGUUGAAUGUUUUGAACAGCCCCAAAGGAAGAUAAUUUUGAUGGAUUUAAAGUCGAUCCCAACUCCAUUGAAAAAGU